UAAGUGAUCCCCCCAACUCUCCCCCCCCGCGUGCUCCGUACUCUCCGGCGAACUGGCCCGCUGCGAACGAGCGCUCGUUUUGAGUGAGCGCGCGCCGCACGCAGCUGUCAGAAAGCGCGCAUCGCGCCUGUGAGUGCGACCAUGCCGGCCGCCUCUUCCUAGAGUUUCCCGCGUGUUUUUACACAGCACGGGACGGGUUGUCGAACGCAACUUCACGGAAUCGCCUCGCGUGACCCCCAAGAAGUGAUGCCGACUGCGGCCGACGGCAGUCAACUAGACGUGAACCACGGCGCGCCGCUACGAGCGCCGUCACCUCUAAUCCUAAGCUGCGGCGGAUCCGGGCCGCGAAAGACGCCUCUCGAUUCGGAGCCGUCGCCGGAGGCGACCUGCGAGAAGCGCAAGAAACGCUCGCACAGCGAAGACAGUGGUUGUCCCGACUCGGCGACCGCCACCGACAGCGGCCUGGUGUGUGACGACUCGGGUGUGUCGACGACCAGGGAGUCGUCCGCCGCCGCCUCCGAGGACUCGGCGACGUCGGGCUACUCGUCCGCCGGCCGCGGCACGGAACACCCCGAGACGCCAACGUCUCCCACUGCCGGAAUGGUGGUGAGGACCGUACGAAGCCCGGCAAGCGGCCCUCUGACCACGGCCGCCGUGCCGGGCAUCAAGUCUCCGACGUCCAUGCAGCAGGCGCUGCAGCUGAAGAGGGCGCGACGCAGUGCGCGCUUGGAACACCGGCGCUCACUCGAAGUGAAGUAUGCGCUUCUCUCCGACGCCGACGGAGACCGGCCUCUGCACAUCGCCGUUCUCCACGACGACAUCGCCCUCGUUCAGCGGCUGUGCCGGCUCACCCGGACAGCGGGCGCCAGCGUCGACGUCUUGAACAGCCUCAGGCAGACGCCUUUGCACCUGGCGCUGAUUGUGGGCAACGAGCCUGCCGUCGAAGUUCUGCUGAGCGAGGGCGCCUCGGUGCUGCGCAGGGAUCGCAACGGCAACACGGCGCUCCACCUGGCGCUCAAGUAUCCCAGCCUGGGCUGCAUGCGGCUCGUGCUGGCUCACCGGCUAGCAGCCAAGAUCGUUGAUGCGCCGGACUUCGACGGUUACUCUCCGCUGCAUUUGGCGGUACUCCUCAACAAGCCAGAAGCGGUCAGCCUACUAAUCAAGGCCAACUGUGAUAUAAAUGUUCCUGACGGCAGGAGUGGGAGGACGCCGCUGUACCACGCCAUCGCCCUGCAGCGCGAGCACCUAGUCAAGCAGCUCGUAUCGCACGGCGCUAGCACUGAGGCACAAGACUACGCGGGGCAUUCGUGUCUCGCGCUCGCCAAGGAGGCAAAAAGCCCGUGCCUGCCACUGCUCCAGGGUAAAGGGUGCUCGCUGAGCAGCUGACCGCCGCCACAAGACAUGGCGCAGAAGGAACGCGUUAGGAACAUCACUCGCAGCGGCAGCAGCGCCGGCCCGUAAUCCAGCAACAGGCAGACUUUUCGACGCGGGGCUGCCGGCCAACUGCGCAAGUGCCAACGUGAGGCGCUGCCGACAAGAGCCACACCACUGCGACUCUGCGAAGCAACAUCACCAGAGACCACGCGCGUUCAAGCGCGAGCGAUGCGCAACUGCCAGCCGUGUAUCUGUGAUUGGCCACUCCUGUGCUCUUUAGCGCCACCUUGCAAAAGCCUUCAACCUCCAGUUUGCUUGCUGCCGUUUACAAACUCUCAACGUCCCUCACAUUCACGUCAUCCUCUAAACACGCCAUCACCUCAAGCUUGGCGUGUUCGUGAACUCUAGAGGGGCUUGACUAAACCAAAGCGAAAACAAUUUCAAUGCUUUCUAUUUACAAGAAAGCGGGCAACGGUAGCAGGUGGACGCUACUUGGUCAUGCGGUGUGUAACACUAGUGCCAUAGGUUGUACAAACGCAACGGGGGCUCGAUGUUGCACGGUAUAUGUCCUUGGGAAGGUCCAGUGAACAAAUAAUGAAGGCUUUUCAAGGAGGCUACUUAAAGAGUACCGUGAGAGCUACACACAGUUUCAGUGCUCAGACCAACUCCCUCAGCAAAGAGACACUCCUCACAAAGUAGCUGACACGUGCAGCUACCUCUCGUGAAUGGAGACAAUGGAGGGACACUGAAGACAUAGCAACCCCCUUUUGAGACUGAAAUUCCACGAACUGUUGUGGUACCGUGAGUGCAAAGUGUUCGUGAUCCUGUUGAAUGCAACUGUGCUGGCACUGGCAUAUUUAUUAAAAGUAAAAGAACCUUUGUCAAGUA